AUGUACGUCACAAUGAUGAUGACAGACCAGAGUCUGGAUCUGCCGCCGCCUUUACUGAGCGGCGAGCUUGCCAUGAUGCCUCACAUGAUCAACGGUGACGGAGCGCAGCAGGUCAUCCUGGUGCAGGUGAACCCGGGGGAAACCUUCACGAUACGGGCCGAGGAUGGGUCCCUGCAGUGCAUCCAAGGUCCCGCAGAAGUGCCAAUGAUGUCACCCAACGGCUCCAUCCCGCCCAUCCACGUGCCGCCGGGGUACAUCUCACAGGUUUUAGAGGACAACACCGGGGUCCGGCGGGUGGUGGUCACCCCCCACUCGGAGUGUUACCCCCCCAGCUACUCGCCGGCCCUGUCACCCACCCACCACCUACCCCCAUACCUGGCCCACCCCCACUUCAUCCACAGCUCCCACACGGCCUUCUACCCCCCCACCAACGCUGGCGAUCUGCCCCCACACCAGUACUACCACCACCGCCUGACCCCCAUGUAUGGAGAAGAGAUCAUUCCUGUGUACGGGAUGUCGGGCUGCCUGGGCCGGGAGGAGCCGUACGGCAAGCAGCAGCUGCAGCCCAAGAAGGCCAAGGAGCGCCAGCUGGAACGUCAGAACCGGCUCAACAGCCCGCCCUCCUCCGUCUACAAGAGCAGCGUCAGCUGCAGCCAGGCCUACAACGGCUACAGCAAGGGCCACGUGGGGGCGUGCGGGCCCGGGGGCGGGGGCGGGGCCGGCAGCCCCGGCGCCAAGAGGGCGGAGCGCCGGGCGGCACGGAGCAGCCCCAGGACCAGCGAGCCCGACCCGCAAGAUCAUGAAUCGGAAACAAAGAGCAUCCAGGACAAACUUUCAGGAAUGGGCAAACCACAGGUGUCCAACGUUCAGGCUCGCACGGCGAGGCUCACCUGGACCCCCCCGCCGGGUCUGCUGAGCGGGGACGGGCACGCCACCUCGCCCUCGAACCCCUGCAGCUACGAGGUGACGCUGUCCGACAAGGGCCGGGACGGGAAGUACAGAGUGGUGUACAGUGGAGAUGAACUGGAGUGUAAUCUGACUGAUCUCAGACCAGCGACAGACUAUCAUGUGAGAGUGAACGCCGUGUGCAGUGAUGUGAAGGGGUCCUGUUCAGAGGCGGGGGCCUUCACCACCCACAGCAGUGCCCCAGACUGCCCCCUCCCCCCCCGGCUGUCCCACCGCACCAAGACCUCCCUCACCCUGCAGUGGAAGCCUCCUGUGGACAACGGAUCGAAAAUCACCAGCUACCUUUUGGAGUGGGACGAGGGAAAGAAGAGCAGCGGCUUCAGAGAGUGUUAUUUCGGGAGUCAGAGACACUGCAAAAUGACGCGCCUGUGUCCCGCUGUGGGGUACUCUUUCCGGCUGGCGGCAAGGAAUGACAUCGGCACCAGUGGCUUCAGUCCAGAAGUGCUGUACUACACGAGUGGAAACCUCCCUCAGCUGCCCCUGGCGCCUCGGCUGGUGCGAGCCGGCGUCACCUGGAUCACGCUGGAGUGGAACCGGCCCGACGGCUGCACGGCCGACGAGGUCAUCACCUACACGCUGGAGAUCCAGGAGGAGAACAACGGAACAGAGUUCCAUCCCAGGUACACCGGGGAGAAGCUGACCUGCACUGUGGACAGUCUGAAGAGGAGCACGCAGUACAAAUUUAGGCUCGUGGCCUCCAGCUCAGAGGGCAGGAGCAGUCCCAGUGCGGUCCUGGUGUGCAACACGAGUCCAGACAAGCCGGGAACGCCCACGGAACCCCGCGUCAAGGGCGCCGUCACACCUCACAGCUUCUGUGUCACAUGGGAUCCGCCACAAGACAACGGGGGCUCUGAGAAUCUGACAUACCUCUUGGAAAUUUCGGAAGGGAGCUCUGAUGCAAACCAAUGGGAGGUGGCGUACAGCGGGGCGGCCACGGAGCAUGUGUGCGACCGCCUGAACCCCGGCACUUCGUACCGACUGAGAAUCUGCUGCAUCAGCACGGGCGGCCACAGUCAGUGCUCGGAGAUUGUGCAGGUCCGCACCCUCAGCGUGGCCCCCGGCCCCUGCCAGCCCCCGAGGAUUGUGGGUAAAGCCAAACACAAGGAGGUGCACUUAGAGUGGGACUGCCCCUCCUCAGAGGGGGUGUGUGAGGUGACAGAGUACAGCCUGGAGAUGAGCCAGGUGGACGCGGAGCCGGCUCAGGUGUACCGGGGUCCCCACCUGGAGUGCACUGUGGGCAGCCUGCUCCCUGGCGCCACCUACAGCUUCCGCGUGGCUGCUGCCAGCGACGCUGGGUACGGCCCUUAUUCAGAAGCCACGGAGGUGACGACCGCAGCCGGUCCUCCCGGCCAGUGUGGGGCGCCAGUCCUGUGCGUGACGUCACACUCCUGCGUUCUGGUCAGCUGGGAGAGCCCGGAGAACUCUGGGGUGGACAUAUCAGAGUACCGCCUGGAGUGGAGCCGGGACGAGGACUCCCUGGAGCUCGUCUACUGUGGUACCGAAACUCAGUACGAGAUAACCGACCUGGCCCCAGCAACACACUACUGCUGUAGGCUACAGGCGGCCAAUCAGGCGGGGGCAGGACCCUACAGUGACCUGGUGACCUGCCGAACCCCGCCCGCCUGUCCCGGGCCUGUCCCUGCCCUCUGUCUGCAGGAGCACGACCCCGCCGACGCCUGGCUCCUCUCCCCCUCCACCUGUCUGGCCCUGCAGUGGGAGGAGCCCUGCGAUCAGGGCUCGGAAGUCACCUCCUACACCAUCGCGCUCGGGGACAGCCUGAUCACCGUGGGGCGGCAGACCUGCCAUGUGAUCGAGGGGCUGCAGCCGGACAGCGAGUACAGCCUGCGGAUCCAAGCCGUGAACCGGAUCGGCGCUGGGCCCUUCUCUCCGGCGCUGCAGGUUCGGACCCGGCCGCUGCCCCCGGCGCCCCCCCAGCUCGACUGUGCGUCCUCCGGACCCCAGAGCCUGAAACUCAGGUGGGGCGAGAACAGCGGCUCUAAGGUGCUGCUCAGCGAAGACAUGGCGUACACUCUGCAGAUGGAGGACAGGAACCAGAGGUUCGUGACGAUCUACCGAGGGCCAAGCCACACCUACAAGGUACAGCGGCUGGCAGAAUCCAGCAGCUACAGCUUCAGAAUACAGGCGGUGGGCCAGGCAGGAGAGGGGCCCUUCUCCAGCGUCUACACCUUCAACACCACCAAGUCUGUGCCGCCCGCCCUCAAAGCUCCCAGAGUCAUCCAGUUGAACGGAAAUGGAUGCGAGGUCACCUGGGAUACUGUCCCACCAAUGAGAGGAGACCCGGUCAGCUACGUCCUCCAGGUCCUGGUCGGGAGGGAUUCGGAGUACAAGCAGCUGUUUAAAGGUGAGGAGUCUGCGUUCCAGAUCACAGGCCUGCAGUGCAACGCGGAGUACCGUUUCCGUGUGUGCGUGUGCCGUCGCUGUGGCGACGGCAGCCAGGAGCUGUGUGGCCCCUACAGUCCCGCCUCCCUCUUCUCCCUCCGCCGGGCGGAGCCGGCGUUACUGGGGGAACCGGGCGGUGGCGCCACCGAUGCGGGCAAGGUCCAUGGCGUGAUCUCGUCCGACGAACAGUUUGCCACCAUCAUUGUCCUGGGGUUUGCCUCCCUCUCUAUCUUUAUGGCCUUCAUCCUGCAGUACUUCUUCAUGAAGUGAGAGCGUGGCACGUCACAGUGUACCUUUGUUAACGAAAAAAAAUCGGGGAGGGGCUGGAGGUUUAUUAUAACACAAGGCAUUUUAGUCCCAGCAUGCAUUCACUGUGACCUUUUCCGUCACUCUCUUCCUAUCUCUCUCUUCCUGCCUCUCUCCUCUUUGCUGGCGUGUGGUAUGGGCUUCAUUCAUCUGAAGGCUUUGGCUUACCUGUGCCUUGCUUGGGAAACAGACUCUGACUAACAAGCCUUAAAAAAAUGAGUGAAACCAGUCAACACAUGAGUAUGUUCAUGCACAUCCCAUGAAAAUGUGUUUUACUUGCACACAUUGACGGCCUGGGAUCACUCCUCUGUCUGAACUGGCUUCAGCUUGUUCUCUGUGUUUAAUGUAGGUGUCUUUGCUUUAAUGCACAGUUAUAGUUUUCUACCUGCAGUGCUGCUAUCUUGUGUCAUUAAAGAGUGAAACCAUACGCGUAUGGUUUCGAGAAAGCAAUUUUUUGCAUACACAAAUGUGCAUGCAAAUACAUGCAAAUAACAGCUGAUAUGUUGUUUCUUAUAAACAAUAGUGCCUUUGCAGUCAUGUGAGGAGGAUGCUGGGUUUGAAGCAGAAGUCUCAGCGCUUGUAGUGUUUGGUGGGCAGCUGGGCGUUCCCUGUGGGAGGGGUGACAGCCCGUGGCUGUAAACUCAGAGAGGGGCGUGGCCGUGGGACACUGAUGCCUUUUACCUGUGCUGGCACCUUACCUGAGUGGAGCACCAUUCAGCCAGGUGUCCUGAGCGCUCCUUCCCUUUCUUAAUUCAUACCCUCCCCUCACCUACGUGCAGCCCACCCACCACUGUGCCCGCCUCCGUGUUUCUGCCCUAUCACAGCGCAGCCACCACUGUGCCCGCCUCCGAGUUUCUGCCCUAUCACAGCCCACCCACCACUGUGCCCGCCUCCGUGUUUCUGCCCUAUCACAGCGCAGCCACCACUGGGCCCGCCUUCGUGUUUCUGCCCCAUCACAGCGCAGCCACCACUGUGCCCGCCUCCGUGUUUCUGCCCUAUCACAGCGCAGCCACCACUGGGCCCGCCUUCGUGUUUCUGCCCCAUCACAGCGCAGCCACCACUGGGCCCGCCUCCGUGUUUCUGCCCUAUCACAGCGCAGCCACCACUGUGCCCGCCUCCGUGUUUCUGCCCUAUCACAGCGCAGCCACCACUGUGCCCGCCUCCGAGUUUCUGCCCUAUCACAGCCCACCCACCACUGUGCCCGCCUCCGUGUUUCUGCCCUAUCACAGCGCAGCCACCACUGGGCCCGCCUUCGUGUUUCUGCCCCAUCACAGCGUAGCCACCACCUCUUUGUCCUCCAUGUUUCUGACCUACCAUAGGCCACCCUCCAUCUCUGGGCUCCACCCCCAUUCUGUCGCCCUGGUGCUGCCAUUCUGUGUAGCCACAGCAACUGGGUGACACCCCGUCUCACCCAAAAACACCUGGGCUCCCAUUGGUGGGUGCAGAACUCGGUGCCAGACAGCAGCACCAGCGCCGUGCUGUGACACUGCUGCCUUAUCCUGUGUGCUAAUACCCCAGGCAUUGUUGUCUCUCCGUCUCUCUCUUUCAUUUCUCUCUCCUCAGACAGUGUAACAAUGAAACCCUUCGGAGGGUCUCCUCAGAAACCUCUGUCAGCCUUUUCCGAGGUACAACCCAGCAGAUUUCACCAAUCCAAAGAGUCUUUCCAGCCGUGCACACUGACGCAUAGUGGGAAAAAGAUGGUGGAAAAACUUGGAUGCAGGAUGAGGAGUCGAGAGGGAGGGGUCAUGACCCACCGUAGUCAC